ACAUUAUAUCAUGGAGGUGAGGGAGUUGUUUGGCGGCGCCAUGCGCAUGGAGCUACCGGGGGACUAUAUUGAUGCGAGUGAUCUGCGGCAGAUUCCAGAUAACCAGGAGGUUUUCCUUUCACCAUCGUCGGACACUUCCUUGGUGGUCGAAGUGCUCGACUGGGUCGAAGAGGGCGGGGCAAGAGACAACCUGUGGGAGGCCGUCAAAUUCCACUUUGAAUCCAUCGCACACGACAAUGACUCGCUGGCAUCGACCAUUCUCACUUCAUCCUCAUCCCGACCGAGCCGGCCGACCGGACCACAGACGCCAGAGCCCAUCACUCUGACAGGGACGCAGAGGGUACACAAGUUUUCACACUCGACUGGACCCAGACCCGGACACGAGUCGGAUCAGCCAGAUGAGGUGUUCGUGGGAGUCGCUCUUUGGCGAGUAUGGAUAGAGGGGUCCAGGAAGAAACAAGCGGACGUGGUGUGCAGCGUCAAUGUGAAUAUGAGCAAGGACGAUAAGAAGGAGAUCGAGUCGUGGUGGCUCAAGGCGGUCAAGAGUCUACAGAUAUUGGACUGGGAUUUGUUUGUGGAUGCAUGAUACAACUAUGCGAGGUAAU